AUGGCGUCGACGAAAAAUUUCUCAAGUAUUGAUAUACCAGACACAAAUCCUCCUACACCACAGCAGACGCCGUCCUCUAUGUCAUUGCUACUCUCAUUCCCUACAAACGCAUAUAUCGGGCCAUUCAAACGAAUUUUUCAGAUUUCUCAAGGCAAGAAGAUAUGUGCAUCUCUACAUACGAUUAUACCCUUGAAACGUAGGCGCUGCUCUGAGCCUCCCAUGCAUCCCGAAAGAGCACGGGAGGGAUUAGAUGACGAACCAACCGUGGCCUUGACAGCACAGGAAACCGCGCGACGCUUCAUACAGACAGGAUAUGUAUCCAUACACGAUCAAUCCAUAAUUGUAAAAGAACCACGCGAGGAACCGUUGCGGAAGAUACGGAAAUGUAACAAAGGCGAUGCUUGGCGCCUCUGGUCGCCUCGUGACUACAAAGCAAAUCCGCGAUUCAAGUACGGAGUGUUUCGCAACGAAGGUACCUCCCAGGAGCGCAUCGAAUACACUGAGAAGCAGAGGAAGAAUAAAAGUACGGCAUUGAGUGCGCUGGCGCAAGGAUUGCUUGUCGCGAAGCAGCGGCCGUUAUUGAACACUGUAAAGGCCAAAUCAACCACCUUUAACGUGAUUGAUCCCUCUGGUGACCCAGUUGGAGGCGCUAGAUACAAACUUCUGCGCCAUCCAUCUCUGGCUUCUCGUAUGAGACCCAGAGGCUUAAGUAGGUUAGGGACGUCGCUCGACCAAGUUGUGCGGCGGAUGCCACCAGCAGCUGUUUCCGAGCUAAAACUGCAGCUUUGGAGUGACCCAGACAUAAGCUUGGAUGAGGCUACACGUAUCACGAACUCCCAGAAUGUCCUAAACUCAGUUGCUUCAGUCGAAAGUCACUGCACGCCCGCAGACGUAGUGACGGAGUAUGCCACUGAUGAACGCCUAGACUCGACAGCGAGCAGCACGCACACCCCCAUCAGGAGGCAGCUUGCACAACUUCCGCUGCGCGAGAGCGUGCUGAUAGCGCAGGAGAUGCGAUGGACCUGCCCGAUCAAACACGGCGAGAAAGCAGUGAUGAAGCUAUACAGCGAGUUUUUUCCAAAUGUUCCCCAGAUUGGCUACCUGUCCGCGCGCCACUGGUCCUCGGACCGCGAAAAGAGGUCGAAGAAGUGGCGGGCGUGCCAGAAAAAAGAGCUCGAGUGA